AUGUCAGAUCAAUCUCCCCCAGAUGAGCACACGGAGAAGGUUAUGACAACAUCAGAGGACGCAGGAAUAAGAUCAUCACGAGAGUCACAGGUCAGCUCUCGUGAAUCAGAAGAUCAAGACUCAGGAUAUGGCCACGAACCUAUCCAAGAAAGAUAUGGCAAUCCUUCAAACUCCAGGUUCCGCCGCGUGGCUUCGAAGACAAUCGUAUCCUUUGGUGCCAACGACCCAGAAAAUGCCGUGAAUUGGACAACGAAAAGAAAGUUCUUCGUCCUUGCUUCUGGCGUCAUGCAGGUCAUGAACAGCACCAUCGGCUCCUCUAUCUGCAGUAAUGCCAUACCAGAGAUCGCGGAGGAGUUCAAUAUCACAAACGAAACACUCCUUGUCUUGCCAAUCUCCAUCUUCCUCAUCGGUUACAUCUUGGGUCCUCUGCUAUGGGGCCCCAGCUCCGAGUAUUUCGGUCGAAAGCCCCCUUUACUCAUCGCCUAUAUACUCUUCAUGAUAUUCACGCUGGCGUGUGCCGUCGCAGACUCUUUCGCGUCUUUGCUUGUCUUCCGUUUGUUUAAUGGAAUGGUUGCUUCGGCGCCCAUCGCCACUGUGGGUGGACUCUUCGCUGAUGUCCACGAUGAUCCCACACUGCGAGGUCGACUGAUGGCGUACUAUAUGGCUUGCACCACGUUCGGACCCAUCAUCGGUCCAUGGGUUUCUGGCUUUGUUGCAGUCGUCAGUUGGCGUUGGUGUUUCUGGAUCGGUCUAAUUCUGGCGGGUGCCAGUUUGCCAUUGAUUAUCUUUAUGCCGGAGACAUAUGCACCCGUUAUCUUGAAGCGUCGCGCCCAGAAGCUCCGCAAAGAUACUGGGAACUCUAGCAUUGUGUCCCCAUUGGAAGUUCAGAGCCGCAACCUGCGGGAGAUGAUGAUCACCACGAUUUCACGACCAUUCCGCAUGAUUCUUCAUGAAUCAAUUGUCUCCCUCAGCUCGCUAUACCUUGCAUUGGCUUAUGCAAUUUUCUACCUCUAUUUCGAGGCAUACCCGAUCAUCUUCCAAGGAAUUUACAAAAUGAGCCCUGGAAUUUCUGGUCUAAUGUUCCUACCAAUUGGCAUUGGAGCUGUUCUCGCCUGCGUUGUCUUUAUAUGGUAUGACGGCUACCUCGCCCGAGCCAAAGCCCGCAACGCCAGCUGGGCCUUCAUCGAAGAGUAUCGAAGACUCCCACUUGCCUGCAUUGGUGGACCAUUAUACGUCAUCUCUCUCUUCUGGGUCGGAUGGACGGCCUCGCCAAACAUUCACUGGGUCGUUCCCUUCCUAUCCGGCAUUCCAUUUGGGUGCGGGUACUUGUUGAUCUUCAUGGCUAUGCUGAACUAUAUGACUGAUGCCUACGAAACGCUUUCCGCCAGCGCUCAGUCGGCUGCAAGCUGCACAAGAAGUAUCUUUGGAGCCGUUCUUCCGCUCGCGGCAAAGCCCAUGUUCAACAGGCUCGGCGUACCGUGGGCAUGUAGCCUGAUCGCCUUCCUCAGUCUCAUCGUCUCUAUUAUUCCCUUCGGCUUUAUCCGCUGGGGUGACCGCAUCAGAAAUAACAGCAAAUUCUGCCAAGAGCUGAAGCGGAUCAAGGAGGCUGAGCGGUUGGAGUGGGAACGAGAGGAACGUCUCGCUAAUGGCGACGACACUCUGGAGCCCGUUGCAACACACAACACUGGGAUCUCCAUGACAAGGGUCGAUACUGCCCGGACUGACAAAGCGUCUAUCAUUUGCUGA